AUGAAGUCGAUUCGAGGAGCAGUAUGGCUGGUCCCACUGGCAGUUGGAUGUAUGGCUUUGUCACCACAAUUGCCAAUUAAUUCGAAAAGUAGCGACAGAAUGAAGCAAACCAAAGCCCCGUUAUAUAUGAAUAAGAACGAGUCGAACAAUUCGGUAAUUACAUCGAACAGCAGUAGUAGCGGCGUGGAUGAGAACAGCAUCGGCCCCACUACUGUUAACAUCGAUAGCAGGAUUAGCGGGAACAACGGUAGUAAGGAUGUCGAUGGCAUUGUAUCGAAACCGCUUUCUCUCGGAAUUUCUGCCACGAUCGACAACGAUGCGAUCACCAUGCUGCCAUCCUCAUCGCCAACGGUAACGACAUCCACGUUGACAUCGACACCGACAUCGACAUCCGUGUUAACAUCGACAUCCUCGUCGACAAAUCAUAAUUCUGCCGCGAGCACCAUCGAGUUAUCUUCCACGAGCGCGUCAUCGUCAACUUGGUCGAUCGCGGAUACUAAAACGGAAUUAGGACCACCGGUGACGUACAAUCGCGGCACGACUACCACCGCGAGAACGACGACGAAGACGUCUGCGUCGACCAUAACGAUAAAUUCGAGUAUCGUUAAUACGAGCUUAAGCGCGUCUCCUACGGAAGCCUCUUCGAGAACGAUCGCUUCCAAUCGGGAUGCUAGUACUUUCCUAUCAUCCUCGAAGAAACUAACCACGGGUUUCAACGAAUUUACCACUACUCCUGCUUCCACUUCGUCGAAAGAGACGCGAGAAUCACCUGGAAAAAUUCGCCCUCAAAUCAAAUUGACAACCAACUACACCAGCCUGAGCGAGACAGGAGUACGGCUACCGGAGGGUGCGAGCGCAGCUUUAGCCAAACCGACCAAGUAUCAUUACUAUCCACAUAAUCAGCAUAUCUACUUGCUACCAGAAUGCGCGGUUCAACAGGUUUGCAAUGCCGUUUACGUUAGACUAAACUUUACCCAGCCUCUGUGCGCUUGUCCAGGAAGAUACCGCGACCCUUGCAGCGCCUCUCUCGACAGCGACGAUCUCCACACUACGGAGCUGGUCACCGACCCUCGAACCAAGGCUCUAACACUGGUGAAAACAUGUGAGCCAGUGGCGGAAAUGCGCGAAUGCCGAGUACCGAGAGAUUGGUCUCUUCUCGCGCUACAAAACGUGCGAACAGGGAAGUCUCACUACCUCGUGAUAUGUCGCUGUCCAGACGCCAAUAUACUCGAGGGUCCAAUGAGUCAUGAUCAACCGACGUACGCCAGUGUACCAGGGAUUCGGGUUUAUGGCAUGAUGUGCGUGCAGGGCAAUCGAAGAGGUCGACCACUGCGGUAUACUCGCGGUCUUUCAGAUUAUUUCCAACGAGAAGUCGGAGAGGAACCUGGGACGUAUAACGGUGAAGAAGAUACGAACCAACGAUUGAACUUUCCAUGGUACAAGGUACAACAGCUAAUGGAGACAGCUGUUUGGGACUAG